AUGGCAGAGGACCGGGAGGCGAGCAGAGGGACCCCGGUGCGGCUACGACAGACCACUAACGACGUACCAGAUCCCACGGUCAACAAGAUAAAAAAUGAGCAAUUCAAGGUAUGGAAAAAAACCAUCCCGUCGCUGUACCAGUACAUUACGUCGCUGAAGCCGCGCUACGCCAGCCCUGCGGGCGUUGCCGGCAGCGUGCGCAAGACCAUUGCGUUCACGGAUGAGGCGGAGCGCCGCAUGGAAAACGGAGUGCUGCAUACCUCGGUGCUCGUGUCGCUGGGGCGCGACGUGUACAGGCAGGGAUGCGUGCUGCCGCUCGGCGUGCACCUGGAGGAGGCGGACGGCGGGGGCGCGCUGCCGGACCCGGAGUUCGAGGACAGCAUGGGGCUACAGGAGCAGCUGCGGCCUGUGUGGACGCAUCCCAGCGCAGACGUGGCAGGCAUGGCGUACGUGGGGCGGGCGGACGUGGCGGCGGUUGUGGUGGCUACGGACGGCAGUGUGGCGUGGUUCCGCAGCGGCGCGCCGCGCCCGGUGCAGACGCUGCCCCCGGUCGCUGGGAGCGUUGCGGAGGUCGACCUUGCCGUCUCGGAGGACGGGCAGCUGGCGGUUGUGGUGCAGAGCGGCAUCGACGGCGAUAACGCGCACACGGUGCUGCGCGUCGUCGACAACGGUGACGCGCUGGGCAAGGUGUUGCACACGGUGCGUCUCUCGGAGGCCGCGGUUGUGCACGCGGUGAAGUUUCAAGGGUCCCAUAUAUUUGUCACGUGCUCGAGCGAUAACACCGUGCGCUUCUGGGACGCGCGCACGCCCGCUGAGCCGCUCUGGCACCUGCACGGCGUGCGCGACGGCCGCUUUGUGGCCGUCGCUCCCUCGCCGCUGGUGGGCACCGUCUUCGCCACGGGCUCCGAUACUGGUGUGAUCAAGCUGUGGGACAUCCGCGCGGUGAUUGCCGCAACCGCGGACGAGCCCGCGGCGGAGCUGACCCGCCUGGUGCACCCGGACGGCGACGCCGUGGUCGAGCUCCUCUUCAGCGCCGACACCCCCACGCAGUUUGUCUCCGUCGGCGCGCCCGGCAACGUGUACCACUGGGACGUCGAGCCCCUGCUGCAGCUGCCCGGAGAGGACGACCCGAACGAGUCCGCUCGCGACUCGGACGAGCUGCAGCAGCAGUGCCUGAAGUUCCUGCAUACCGUCGGGGGCCGUCGCACGCUCGGCCCAAUCCCCAAGCGCAAGACCGUCGCGUGGCACCCCACCUUCGGCGACGUCGUGGGCUGCAUCGACGCCGACGGCCUCAUCACCGUGUACAAGCCUUAUUUCGGCAGACCCGAUGAUCCCGACGCUGACGACGACAGCCUGCAGUGA